AUACCAAACAGAGCCAUACUAGGAAGCCUUCUUAUAGUCAACAUGUUAAUGGCUACGCGCAUCUCUAUCACCUGCUCAAUCCACCCACUCCUGAAGCGCACUCCUCGUUCCCUUCUAUCUCCCAAGCUAUUCCCCAAAUCCUAUCCCUGUCCCCUCUGGUCCUCGUCGUUCUCCUUCUGCCUCCACACCCUUCAUAAGUCUACCUCUAGAGCCCCUUCUCUCUCUCGCUAUUGCUCUUCGCUUUCUGCUCUGUCAAUGGCGGCAUCUACUGCUGUGGACGAGCCCAUCGAAGCCAACCCUCUUAUACGAGACUUUGACUUCCCACCCUUCGAUGUCGUCGAAGCCAAACACGUUCGCCCCGGGAUCCGUGCGCUCUUGAAGAACCUCGAGGGUGAUUUGGUGGAAUUGGAGCGCACGGUGGAGCCGUCAUGGCCGAAGUUGGUGGAGCCACUGGAGAAGAUUGUAGACCAGUUGGCUGUUGUCUGGGGGAUUGUUAAUCAUCUUAAGUCUGUCAAGGAUUCUCCUGAACUCCGUUCUGCCAUUGAAGAAGUUCAGCCUGAGAAGGUUAAGUUUGAGUUGAGGUUGGGACAAAGUAAACCUAUUUACAAUGCGUUUAAAGCUAUUCAAGAAUCUCCUGAUUGGCCAUCACUGAGUGAUGCUUGUAAACGUAUUGUGGAAUCCCGGAUAAAGGAAGCAAUUCUUCAUGGUGUUUCUCUUGAAGAUGAUAAAAGAGACCAAUUUAACAAAAUCCAGCAGGAAUUGGAAAGACUAUCUCAAAAAUUUGAGGAGAAUGUUUUGGAUGCCACAAAGAAGUUUGAAAAACUAAUUAAGGAUAAGAAAGAAAUUGAAGGGUUGCCCGCUACUGCUCUUGGAUUAGCAGCACAAACAGCUGUGUCUAAGGGUCAUGAAAAUGCUACUGCUGAGAAUGGGCCUUGGAUAAUAACGUUGGAUGCUCCAAGUUUUAUGUCUGUUAUGCAACAUGCUCGAAACCGAUCUUUGCGUGAGGAAGUCUACCGUGCUUAUGUAACUCGUGCCUCUAGUGGAGAUUUGGAUAAUGCAGCAAUAAUUGACCAGAUUUUGAAGCUUAGGUUGGAAAAGGCUAAGCUUCUCAAUUACAAUAAUUAUGCUGAGGUAAGCAUGGCAACCAAAAUGGCUACUGUUGAAAAAGCAGAAGAGCUUCUAGAAAAACUUCGAAGUGCUUCCUGGAAUGCUGCGGUUCAAGAUAUGGAUGACAUAAAAAAAUUCUCCAAGAAUCAGGGUGCACUAGAAGCUGAUGAUUUGAACCAUUGGGACAUCAACUUUUGGAGUGAGAGGCUUCGUGAGUCAAAGUUUGACAUCAAUGAGGAAGAACUACGUCCGUUUUUCUCCUUGCCAAAGGUUAUGCAUGGCCUUUUUGACCUUGCAAAGACACUGUUUGGAAUUGAUAUUGAGCCAGCUGAUGGUCUAGCUCCGGUUUGGAACAAAGAUGUUAGAUUCUACUGUGUCAAAGAUUCCUCAAGUAGUCCUGUUGCGUACUUCUAUUUUGAUCCAUAUACUCGAUCAUCUGAGAAAAAGGGAGGUGCAUGGAUGGAUGAGGUUGUUGGUCGAAGCCGUGUGUUGUCACGUGAUGGUGCCUCUGCAAGGUUGCCUGUUGCCCACAUGGUGUGCAAUCAAUCACCACCAGUUGGGAAUAAACCAAGCCUCAUGACAUUCCGUGAGGUUGAGACAGUCUUCCAUGAAUUUGGUCAUGCACUUCAGCAUAUGCUGACCAAACAGGAUGAGGGUCUAGUUUCUGGUAUUAGGGGAAUUGAGUGGGAUGCCGUUGAAUUACCUUCUCAGUUCAUGGAAAACUGGUGUUACCAUAGGGAUACUUUGAUGAGCAUUGCAAAGCAUUAUGAAACUGGGGAGAGUCUCCCUGAAGAAGUGUAUUUGAAGCUUCUUGCAGCUAGGACUUUUCGUGCAGGUUCACUAAGUCUUCGUCAGAUAAGGUUUGCUAGUGUAGAUUUGGAGCUGCAUUCAAAGUACGUACCUGGUGGGUUGGAAACCAUCUAUGAUGUUGAUAGGAGGGUUUCUGAACGGUCACAAGUGAUCCCCCCGCUCCCAGAAGACAGGUUUCUUUGUGGUUUCAGCCAUAUAUUUGCAGGUGGAUAUGCGGCAGGAUACUACAGUUACAAGUGGGCUGAGGUAUUGUCAGCAGAUGCCUUCUCUGCAUUUGAAGAUACUGGACUAGAUGACAUCAAGGCCGUGAAAGAAACAGGGCACAAGUUCCGAGAGACUAUCCUUGCUCUUGGAGGCGGCAAGCCGCCGCUAGAGGUAUUUGUGGAAUUCCGUGGGCGCCAACCUUCACCAGAGCCACUGCUGAGGCACAAUGGACUGUUACAAGUCCCAGCCUCUGCAUAAGCAUCCAUUAUCAUAAAGGAUAUGCUCCAACCCAAAUGAAAUUUCUCUUGGUUGUAAAAGCACUUACAAGUAAUUUUAUACAAUUAAUGCCAAAAUGAUUUGUCUAUUCA